AUGGCCGGGCUGCAGUCGUAUCCUGUCUAUUUUGAUUGUGAAGAGUUAGACGAGAAGAAAAAGAAGACAUUACAAACUUAUUUUCAGAUUGGCCGUAAAUCCGGAGGCGGUGAAUGCGGACCAAUAACUCGUGAAUCUGGCCUCGUUCACAGAGUGGAUUUCAAAGAUCGAGAAGACGCGACAGCCGUAAGUUUGAACGAUGAGGUAAUUGGAAUGUAUAACCUAAAGCAAGGUCUGCGGGUAACUGUUUGUGUUGGCGACAUCACAAAACAAGAAGCGGACGCCUUUGUGAAUGCGGCCAAUGAGGACUUGCGCCACAGCGGUGGGGUGGCUUUAGCGUUGAGUAACGCAGCCGGUCCCGCAGUCCAGAAAGAAUGCAACGAUUGGGUCAAGAAUAAUGGAAAAGUUAGGACAGGCGAUGUGGUUGCGACCAGUGGGGGUAAGCUAAAAUGCAAGAAGCUUCUGCACGUGGUUGGCCCAAAGAAUCAAAAUGCUUCAGGGAAAGAAAGAGUCGUGUUAGAGGAAACUGUUUUGUCCGCAUUGGUCUUGGCGGAGAGUCUUGAUUUGAGGUCGAUCGCGUUGCCGUGUAUAAGCUCGGGCGUGUUCGGAGUUCCCGUAGGCGUAUGCAGUGAGGCCAUCGUGACUGCAGUCCGGGUGUUUGGAUCGGUCGAAGGGAGGUGUAUGUGUAAGAUCACCCUGAUAGACAAGAAGAGAGAGGUGGUGGAGUCUCUGAAGGCAGCGUGUGAUAGGCUGCUCAGGGAUGUGCUUUUGGAAGAGACAGUGAGAGGGAGUGUGGAGGAGCAGACCCCUACAGAUGACAGUGUGAAGGUGGAGAUCAUCCAAGGGACCAUCGAGAAUCAGCAGGUCAGUAUUGGAGGGAUGAACCACAGCACCGUGAGCAAAGCCAUGUUGGACGCCAUGGUAACAGCAAUAACAGAACUCAACCCAAAGUUUCUGUCUCUGAUUCGCAUCGUCAUCCUGCCCCAGCCGGUCUACGACGCCUUCAGAGCUGCAGACGAGUUGCAAAAGACUCUAGAAGAAAUUCAUCGGAUGAGGAGUGAACAAGUGGGCUGUGACGUUGUACUGGACGUCACUGGAGUUCUAUUUCAUGUGCACAAAGUGAUCUUGGCCGCCUGCAGUGAUUUUUUCCGUGGGAUGUUUACCAGUGGAAUGAAGGAAUCCAGUCAAAGAGGACUCUACGUGAUUGGUGGUUGCUACUUCUACACUAAAGAUGACAUCAUGAAAUCAGCGUACAGGUAA